AUGAGCUAUUUGAAACCAUGCUUCCUCUAUUUGGGCACCUUUCUGGAGGAUGAGUACUUAGAUGCCAAAGAACUACACCUACUAUGGAUUGCAGAAGGCAUGGUCUUGUCGGAACACCGAAGAAAUGGGGAAACAUUACUCAAUGUUGCAGAGAGGUAUUUGGUUGAAUUAGGGCAAAGAUCUAUGGUUCAAAUGCAAGUCAAUGGAUUUUCAACCUCGUGUCGCCUUCAUCUUCAUGAUGUGAUGCGAGAUUUUUGUUUAAAGAAAGGAAGAGAAGAAGAAUUUUCUGAGGUCAUAGAUCUUCGGGGUGUCGAGAAGCCCUUGCUGGAUUCCGUUUCUCACACCAAUAAUGAUGUCUACAGAUUAGUCGUCCACAUAAAUACUAAUGUUGAAACCCCCGUUAAUGCUAACGCUAUUGUGGAGGAUUUUAAACAACUUUGUUGUCUUCUUUUUCGCAAUAGUGAUGGUGCUUGGUGUUCGAGAAAGAAAAUCAUCUGGGCUGAAGGGUUAAAUGUUAAUUACAAGACCUUCAAAUCGCUUAGAGUGCUGAAGUUUGAUAAGUAUGAUUUUGAAGGGCAAGAUUUAGCCACAGGUCUAGAGAAACUCAUCCAUUUAAGGCUUUUGUGUUUUAGAGGCUGCAAUUUCGACUUAAGUGGUCUUCCAUCAUCAAUAACCGAAUUACCAUUCCUCCAAACUCUUGAUCUACGGGUAAGCUACUUGUCGAAGAUGCCAAAUGUCUUUCUGUAUGCAUUUAACGUGAUAGAAAUGCCAAAUGUUCUUGGAAAGAUGAAAAGUUUGAGGCAUUUAUAUCUUCCUACAAGUGCAGGCAUUGAAGUAAAAGAAAAAGUUCGACUAUAUGGCUUGAGUGAGUUGGAGAGACUUGAAGGAUUCCUAAGUGAUAGAGAUGAAAUUGCUGAUCUUUAUGAACUACCGAAUCUUCGAGUACUUGAUGUGGCUGUUACUAAUAAUGAGGGCCUUUGCGCUAUCAUGAACUACAUGAACAUAAGUGGGAAAAAUUUGCCGGAGAUAUCACUUACCCUGAGUGGCGUUUUAUCCAUUGAGUCAGAACAGGGGUCUAUCCUCCUGAGAAGUCUGUUGGCAUUCGAAAACCUACAUCAUUUAAGCAAGUUUCCCCGAUAUGAAUAG